CCCUCGAUUCUUCACCGAUAUUGAUUCUUUCUGGCAUGAAGGGGACCAUGGAGGUAGUGACGCUGACUGGGGUCCAUGCGGGUGUAGGGUUUUUCCUGCUCGUUGCUUUGUGCACUGCACUGAUGACCUGUGUGCUAUGGCGGAAACGGAAGACGGAGGGAACGUACCGGCCGAGCGCAGAGGAGCGAAAACAAGCCGAGAGUCAGGGCUCGGAGAAACCAGGUCUCCCACUGCCUCUGCCCAAAGAGGAGCGACUGAUCUGAGAGCCUCCUUUAACCACAUGGUGUGACUGAACUCAAAGGUCAUUCAAAAUCCAACUUGUAUCUUUUGACCUGGUGUGGUGAUUUCACUUCUGAGGGUUUCAGCUGGCUGUCAUUCUAGAACCACAGUUCAUGAUCUAGAACUCCGAAAUAGAUUGUUAAUUAAGCACUGAUGAUGAUUUUGUCUUUGUGUUCCUCUUUCUAUUGGCCAGACAGUGCCAUGGCUGUUUAUGAAGGGGUGUGUGUGUGUAUCAUGGUGUCCAGAGGUGCCAGUGUUUACUCUUAGAGUUUAUCUACACUUUUCUGCUUCCUCAGUUUAUGCAGUGAAUAAAAUUUACUACCUGGAAAAGUUGACUGACUGAAGGGGAAAGGAUGCAGGAUGAUGAUGCGCCGUUCAAUAUG